UUGGCGAGAAAAUACGGCGAGUCACCGAAGAUCGUCAACGCCAUCGCUGCCCAUCACGAGGAAGUCAGGGCGGAAACCAUACUGGCGCCGUUGGUGGAUGCCGCCGAUGCCCUGUCCGGCGCCCGUCCCGGGGCGCGCCGCGAAAUGAUCGAGACAUACGUCCGACGGCUUGAGGAGUUGGAGCGGAUCAGCAACUCCUUCAAGGGAGUGGAAAAGUCCUAUGCCGUGCAGGCCGGACGAGAGCUGAGGAUCAUCGUCCAGGCGGCGCAGAUUUCCGAUGACGAGGCUGCAUCCAUGGCCCGGUCCGUGGCAAAGAAGGUCGAGAAUGAAAUGGCCUACCCAGGCCAGAUCAAGGUCACGGUUAUCCGCGAGACCCGAGCCGUCGAAUAUGCGCACUAA